GGUAGUGCGCCACCAAACCACCAAUAACACUCAAAGUGCAGACGCUGUGUCCGACGUUACCCAAGUCCCUGUCAGUGGAUGGAUGGUGGGCUACACCUUCCAGGAUGAGCAGCCUACGAAGCAUCCUGAGCUCCGGCGCGGUGGUCGCAAUGGUGGGGGUCGGCUUUGGGAUGUGGACUGUGAUCGCACCGGGAGAAGACCGGCGGAAGGAGCUGCUCAAGAAUCUGCCUGAAUCAAACCCAAUGCGAAUGGAAGAGACGAGGAGGAGGAACGCUCUGGUGAUGCAGGCGCUGAAGGAUGCGGCGGAGACCGACGACAACAUUGCGCGACGAUAGUCAGGACCUGUCAAAUAGACCUGCUGGAGAAAUCUUCACUCAGCUGACAUGAAGCACCUGUAAUAAAAAUGGACGUUCUAUCAUUUAACUGGAAGGUUGUUGUCUAAUAUGUAGCUCUUAUGUCUGUAUUGCAUGUGAAAAGAGUUGAUCAUUCGGUGUUGAAAUUGUUUAUUAAAAUUCUCUUAACCCAACGAA